AUGCAUCUCACAAUCCUCCUACCGCUAUUGCUGGCGAUCUCUGAGCGUACGUAUAACAUAUCUCUUCCAUACCCGUUUGAUGACGCAACAACCUACGAUCAAAACUUCAGGGAGUCCGUAAAGGAUUCCAAUAAGAUGAUGAAAAAAAUGGAAAAGAUCAUCAAGAAUGCCGACAAUCCAAAGAACGUAGAGAUGCUCGAAACAGCAUUCGGCCCCAAAUGGCGAGACCAUCAUGAUCAAUUAAAACAGGAUAUCCACAAGAUGAGGCACGCAAAUCUACAGGUUCAUGACCGGAAUCCGCAUAAUUCGGAAGCCGCAAUAAAAGACGGGGCGUUCCCCGCGAUGGUUAUAUUCCCUAAAAAAGGGGCUGGGAACGUCCCCACUGCCUAUUUUGGUACUGACUGGCACAACGAGAACCGCGUGAAUAGGGCUGGUACUUUGAUUCAUGAACUAAGUCAUGCACAACUGGGGACAGGAGAUCAUAUCGUCGCAAAUAGUCCAGGUCCAGUGAAGUUCAUCAGUAGCCGAGAAGCCUACGCUAGAGAGAACAAGAUUCCCCCUCAAGAUGUCCGGCGUGGAAAAGGAUAUAUUGACGGGACGACCGAAGAUGUCAUCAACAAUGGCAAAAGUGCCCUUGGACCAAGCUUCCAAACAUAUGUCACAGUCGCAAGUAAUCCUCACCGAAAUGCGGACUCGUGGAAGGUCUUGGCCGCUCUGGGCAAGAAAGAUCAAGACGAGAGAAGAGACCGCCAGAAGGCGAACAUAGAACGUAAGCAAGCGAAAUUGAACGCUCAGAGUGGAGGAACUUGUCCGUUCUCUGUGACUCGGGCCAAAGCUGCCUCCAAGCAAGGCAAGGAGUCGAAACAGUUGUCAAAAUCAGCCGAUGGCAGCAAAUCUGGCUUGAAGAGUAGCAAAGAAACUCAGAAAUCGACCAAGUCCAGUCAAAAGUCGAGACCAACAACCAAGUCAUCUUUGGACGCGAAGACGAGAAAGCCUAAUAGCAAAACAACAUCAAACGCAAAGGCAGCCAAAGGAGCCUCCAAGGCCACCGCAAAGGGGAAGGCCUCAAUGGAGAAAGGUACAACAAGGAGCAAGGGCGGAGCUUCCACCAAGGACCGGGCCAUAAAGAAGCCAGUUCGGCCCUUCUUUAGCGAAGUAUUUGCCUUCUUGUUCCUUGACUUUGCCGAAGUGACUUUGUUCUUCACUCCGACUCUGGUCUUGGACGCUGCUUUGCCCUUGGUAAGAGCUUUAGAACCUUUCGCGGUCCUGGCCUUCGUGGACUUGGUCCUCGACGCG